AUGGAGCGUGGGCCCUGUCCAAUCUGCUUGGACGGAUAUGCGCCGGGCGACGAGAUCGUGCGCAUGCCGUGUGCGCACACAGCGCACUGGAGGUGCGGAGCUAAGUGGUUGUCUGGCGCAAGGACUUGUCCGACGUGCCGCUUCGAGAUAAGUAGCUGA